AUGGAUCCGGCGUCUGGUGGUGUUGGUGGCGGCCAGGAGAUCAGUGGCGGCGGGGGCCUGCCGGCAAGUGCCGCGGCAGGGCAGUUGUUCCCCGCGGCAGGACAGGCGGCUGCCGCGGCAGGGCAGGGGAUGCUGGCGGCAGGAGGUGCGGCAGGUGGUGCGGCCGGAUUCGCUGCUGCGGCAGGAGGCGCGGCAGGAGGUGCGGCAGGAUUUGCUGCUGCGGCAGGGCAGUCCGCUGCCGCGGCAGGUCAGGGGAUGCUGGCGGCAGGAGGUGCGAUGGAGGCCGUGCUCAGGGAGGGUUCGAUGGAGGCAAUGCUGCUGCACAGGGAGGUUUUGGUGGAGGUUAUCAUGGGGGCAAUGGUGGGGGCUUCCGUGGAGGCAAUGGUGGUGGCUAUGGGAAUAAUUUCGGUGGUUUUCGUUCUGGUUAUGGUGGAGGCUAUGGUAAUGAUUUUGGCGGUGGGUAUGGUGGCGGUGGAUAUGGGUAUGGUAAUGGCUAUCGUGGAGGUCGGAAUUUUCGCUUUGGGCAGUCUCGUGGCCGAUUUUCCUACCAAGGACGUGGGGGUGGUCGACGUUGGGGUCGUGGUUUUCAGCAGGGUGCCGGAGGGCAGCAAGGUGGUGGUGAGAUGA